AUGGCUGCUCCCCAAGGAUACCCUCUUCUGUGCUUGGAGAACCCUCUCCUUGACAUCCAGGCUCGUGGUGAUGCCGCCCUUCUUGAGAAGUAUGGCCUGAAGGAUAACGAUGCCAUUCUGGCCGAGGAGCAGCACAUGGGUAUCUACGAGGACCUGCUCUCGCGGGAUGCCAAGCUGAUUCCCGGUGGUGCUGCUCAGAACACUGCCCGUGGUGCCCAGUACAUGCUCCCCGACAACCAGGUGGUCUUCAUCGGCUGUGUCGGCAAGGACAAGUAUGCCGACUUGCUGAAGAAGACCUGCAAGGAGGCCGGUGUCCACACCGAGUACCGUGUCGAUGAUGCUCAGCCCACUGGCAAGUGCGGUGUUGUCAUCACCGGCCACAACCGUAGCAUGUGCACCCAUCUUGCUGCUGCCAACGAGUACAAGAUCGAGCACCUGAAGCAGCCCCAGAUCUGGUCGCUGGUCGAGAAGGCCCAGGUGUACUACGUCGGUGGCUACCACCUGACUGUCUGUGUGCCCGCCAUCCUGGCUCUUGCUGAAGAGGCUGCUGCGAAGAACAAGGUCUUCAUGCUCUCCCUCUCCGCUCCUUUCAUCCCCCAGUUCUUCAAGGACCAGCUGGACAGCGUUAUGCCCUACACCGACUACACUUUCUGCAAUGAGACGGAGGCCCUUGCCUUCUCUGCCAGCCACGGGUGGGGCACCGAGGAUAUUUCCGAGAUCGCUAAGAAGCUCGCUCAGCUGCCCAAGAAGAACACCCAGCGUCCCAGAAUCGCCAUUGUCACCCAGGGCACUCUGCCCACUGUGGUCGGCAUUGCUUCGGCCAACGGUGACGUCCAGCUCAAGGAGUUCCCCAUUCGUGAGAUUGCCAAGGAGGCUAUUGAGGACACCACUGGUGCUGGUGACGCUUUCGCUGGUGGUUUCUGUGCUGGUGUCCUGCAGGGCAAGUCUCUGGAGGACAGUAUCGACAUGGGCCAGUGGCUGGCCAGCAAGAGCAUCCAGGAGCUGGGACCCUCGUUCCCCCUCCCUAAGCAAACCUACUCCCGCUCGUAA